AUGCGUCGUUGGAGCCGAAGGCUAGCUCUACUAGCCAUCGGCAUACUUCUUCUAAUUGAAGAAUGCUCGUCCGUCCGAAAACCGAAACCAGAAAAAGAUGAUGCUACUGGAAAAUCCUCUCUCGCUUUUGUAUUUGAUAUCACCGGAUCCAUGUUUGACGACUUGGUGCAAGUCCGCGAAGGUGCCGCGAAAAUCUUCAAAACUGUAAUGGCUCAACGAGAAAAGCUCAUCUACAAUUACAUAAUGGUGCCUUUCCACGAUCCUCAUCUCGGCGACAUUAUCAACACAACCGAUUCCACGUAUUUCAUGAGGCAACUCGGAAAAGUUUACGUGCACGGUGGUGGCGAUUGUCCGGAGAAGACGCUGACCGGUAUUUUGAAAGCUUUGGAGAUUGCGCUUCCUUCUUCUUUCGUCUAUGUUUUCACUGAUGCGCGAUCGAAGGAUUACCAUUUGGAGGAUCAAGUUCUCAAUAUCAUCCAGGAGAAACAGAGCUCGGUGGUAUUCGUAAUGACCGGAGAUUGUGGAAACAGAACCCAUCCAGGAUUCAAGACAUACGAGAAAAUUGCAGCAGCGUCUUUUGGCCAGGUAUUCCACCUUGAAAAAAGCGAUGUGAGCACUGUUCUUGAAUACGUGCGACAUGCUGUCAAACAGAAAAAAGUGCACAUGAUGUAUGAAGCACGUGAGCGUGGAGGUACAACAGUUAGAGGAAUUCCGGUGGAUAAACAUUUGUCGGAACUCACAAUAUCGUUAUCCGGAGACAAAGAUGAUUCGGAUGUUUUGGAUAUUGCCAUUCGCGAUCCACGAGGACACCACGUCGAUAAACAAACAUACAGUAGGGAAGGUGGAACGAUUGAUUUGAAAAAUGUGAAGUUGAUCCGACUGAAAGAUCCAAUUCCUGGAACAUAUCAAAUCACGACCAAUUCACGUUUGAAGCAUACAAUAAGAGUGUUUGGACAUGGUUCAAUCGAUUUCAAAUAUGGAUUUGCUGUUCGCCCAUUGGAUCAAAUUGAGUUGGCACGCCCGCGUCCGGUUCUCAAUCAAAACACCUAUCUUCUUGUCAACAUGACCGGUCUGAUUCCACCAGGAGUCGUCACUGAAAUUUCUCUCGUUGACUACUUUGGAAACUCUCUGUACAGCAACCCUGCUUCUCCAUCAAGAACAAAUCCGCAUAUGUAUUAUGUUGGGCCAUUCAUUCCGCCAAAAGGAUUGUUCUUUGUUCAAGUUGUUGGUGUUGAUGAAGAAGACUACGAGUUCAAGCGAAUCGCUCCGACUGCAAUUGGAAGUGUUGUUGUUGGUGGACCUCGUGCAUUCAUGGCUCCAUAUCACGAAGGAUUUGUUGGAAAGAAAUUUCAAAUCAGUUGUACUGUUGAGAGUGCGUCUUCAUACCUAUUGUAUUGGUAUAAGGAUGAUGAAUUGAUCGGAGGGCCUUUGUUUUAUGAUGCUACUGACACUGCUGUAUGGGGAUUCAACGAACUGAGCCUUCGUGAUAGUGGAGAAUACAAAUGCCAAGUCAUCAGUAACAAUGGAAAUCAUUCAAUUACCACAAGAGUCGAGGCAAGAGAAUCGGCGCCGGUAAUCAUUGGCGCGAGAAAUAUUUCUGUGCCACUUGGAUCUCCCGCAUUUCUUCAUUGCCCGGCUAAAUCUGCGGGACCAGUGGAAAUUCGCUGGAUUCGUCAUGGAAGCACUGUAUUCACUGGACCAAAUACGGAACGCAACCUCGCUAAUGGAACAUUGAAGCUCCAUGUUGUUUCACGCUCGGAUGCUGGAAUUUACGAAUGCCAAGCUCGAAAUGCCGGUGGAAUGACGUCUAUAAAAGUCCGACUUGAUAUCAUGGAACCACCAAAAGCGCAUGUUGUUCCAGAGAAGGUGUACUUCAAUCCUAACGAGAAUCUUAAUAUAUCUUGUACAAGUAUUGGAGAGCCAAAACCAGAAUUGCAUUGGUAUUAUCGAGGAAACCGACUUGUCACAGACACGAAAUACUUUGUCGGAUAUGAAUCGAAGUCACUUUUUAUUCGGGGAGCUGGACCUGCAGAUCAAGGAGUGUAUGAAUGUCGUGCAAUGAGUGCCGCCGGAACCGAUAUUGAUAGCGCCGAAGUUAUAAUGGCGGCCCCACCGAAGGUUGAUGUCAGCCAAAGCAAAACCAUGAUUGGGCGAGGUGACAGUAUCACCUUUGAUUGCAAAAUCCUCGAAGGAAAGCCGUAUCCGAAAAUCAGAUGGCUGCGCAAUGGAAAAGAACUGUUGGUAUCCAAUGACAAGUACAUUCGUAUUCAAGGAACAACUCUCCAAAUCACUGGAGCGCAAGACAGUGACGGUGGUUCAUAUUCAUGUGUUGCUGAAAAUAUGGCUGGACGAGAUAUCAGCGUUGUGCAGCUCGCCAUCGGAAGAAUGCCAUCUAUUGUUCCAUCUCCGGAGACUGUUCGGGUGAAUAUUGAAAGACAAGCCACACUGCAGUGCCUCGCUAUUGGUUAUCCAACGCCAACCAUUGAAUGGGAGAAGGGAGGAGUGUCGAUCAGCAAACUCAACAAUAAUCGAUACACGCAAUUGCCCGAUGGAAAUCUAUUGAUCUCUGACGUUUCCGUGGAAGAUCAGGAUAGAUUCACAUGCAUCGCUAAAAACGUGUACGGCACACAAUCACAAACAACAGCUGUCAUGGUGACCGGAUUGGUAUCGCCGGUUCUUGGACAUGUUCCACCGGAAGAGCAGCUCAUUGAAGGUCAGGAUCUUCAUCUUUCCUGCGUUGUUGUUCUCGGAACGCCGCGACCGAAUAUUGUUUGGCUGAAAGAUGGAAAACCAGUAGAAACUUCACCAACAUUGAUUGUGGAAGGAGGAGGCACCUCAUUGCUUCUUCGUGGAGGUAAUCCGAAAGACGAGGGCAAAUACACGUGUGUCGCCAUUUCACCCGCCGGAAACGCCACUCUCAACAUCAACGUCCAACUAAUAAAGAAGCCAGAGUUCGUGAUUCUUCCCCACUCAAAAGAAAAGCCGAAAGUGCCCGGAAUUGACGAAACUCAUGUCGCUCAUGUCAAUACUACUCACGAUGUGCUCGAUGGAGGCGAAUUUGCAAUUCCUUGUGUUGUUCAUGGACAACCACCACCGACAAUCACCUGGUAUCGUGAUGGAAGACCGAUUGCCGCCAACAACAAGGAGUUCCUUAUUCUUCCAGAUAAUACGUUGGUUGUUCGUAAGGCUGAUAAAUCUCACAAUGGAGUUUACACUUGUCAAGCAGCUAACAGUGCUGGAGAAACAAACCAGGACACCACUAUUCGAAUCAUGAAUAUCCCAAGAAUCACAGCCGGUCAAAGUUCGUACAACAUGGUGGUUAAUGAUUCGAUGACAAUUCCUUGUGAAGCUUAUGGCGAACCAAAACCGAAGUUCUCUUGGUUGUUGAACGGAAAACCAUUUACUGAAGGAAUAAUCAACGAGGAUGGAUCAUUGACAAUUCCACAUUUGAGAGAAAUUCACAGAGGAACAUUCUCGUGUAUUGCUGAAAACGCUGCCGGUGUUGAUGUCAGAAAUGUGUCUCUGACCGUUCACACUGCUCCACAAAUCGAGCUUGACAAUCAAGAAAAAGUCGUACUUUUGAAUGGAACAAUUGUGCUCGAGUGUCCUGCUCAGGCACUUCCUCCGCCUGAAAGAGUUUGGACGUACGAGGGAGAGAAAAUUGAUUCUCAAUUGAUUCCGCACACGAUUCGUGAUGAUGGAGCGUUGGUACUUCAUAAUAUGAAGCUAGAGAACACCGGCAUGUUCACGUGCCACGUGUCAAAUCUUGCUGGUGAAGAUUCCCUUCAUUACACCGUUAAAGUUCACGAAAAGCCGAAGAUCAUAUCGGAGAUUCCUGGAACAGUUGACGUUGUGAAAGGGCUCACAAUUGAAAUUCCAUGCCGUGCUACCGGAAUUCCGGAAGUCACUCGUAUCUGGCAAAAAAAUGGAAUCAAUUUGGAUACUUCUUCCUCGAAAUACACUGUAGAUAAUAUGGGAACCCUUCGAAUUCAUGAUGCCCUUGUCGAUGAUGCUGCUGUUUAUAACUGUGUCGUUUCGAAUAGUCAAGGAACUGAUGUUCUAAACACAACAGUUGUGGUUCAAGAGCCUCCUGUCAUUCUUCCAACCACCAACACCAACUACACGGCCGUCAUUGGUGACGUUGUUGAAAUGCGUUGCUAUGUUGAUGCUCAUCCAGCCGCGACGAUACAAUGGUUCCGUCGGGGAAUUGCGGUUACUGAAAAGACAAAUGGUGUCAAAGUGCAAAACGAUGGAACGUUGGUGAUUGAGGAAGCUUCGUUGGAAGACGCUACGAUUUACACAUGCAAAGCUUCCAAUCCAGCAGGAAAAGAUGAGAAGAAUCUUCAGCUCACAAUUAUUGCUGCUCCGGAAAUUCCGAAUCAGGAUGUAAUCCAACACGAAUCCGUCAAGGAAUCGCAGCCCUUCUCGCUUUACUGCCCUGUUCUCAGUACACCAAUUCCAACAAUUACUUGGUAUUUGAACGACAAGCCUAUGGUGGCUGAAGAUGCUGAAUUCGCUUUGUCCGAUGAUAAGAGACGUCUUCAUGUUUUCAAGGCAAAAAUUACGGAUUCCGGGGUUUACAAAUGUGUUGCUCGCAAUGCGGCUGGUGAAGGAAGCAAAAUGUUCCAAGUGGAAGUCGUUGUUCCUUUAAUUAUCAACGAAGAUCGAUGGGCAAAGAAAAUGUACGCCAAGGAAGGAGAAUCCGUUGUUCUUGGUUGCCCUGUUACCGGCUAUCCAGAUCCAAAGAUCACAUGGGUUAUCGAUGGCAAGAUAAUCGACGAAAAUGAUGAUUACAAGGAUAUCAAGAUUUCUGAGGACGGAAAUUCGAUAAACAUCACAAAUGUUGGAGUCAAACACGAAGGAUUUUACCAUUGUGUGGCUCAAGGAAAAACCGACAAACUUGACGUCGAUGUGGAACUCGUUGUUCUUGCGAAACCGAGGCUUGGAAAAGACGAAGACAUUGAAUUAGUGGCGGGUAAGGGGGUGAUCCUUACUUGCGACUUGCUCAAUGAGGUUGAUGAUUUCACCACAUUCGCUUGGUCGGUGAAUGGUUCCGAAACCGAUUUUCCGGCAAAUGUUAAAAUUCCAAAUCAAAAAAGCAAAUUAUAUAUUGCGGAAAGUUAUCCAAACAAUUCCGGAAUUUAUAAGUGCAGAGUGACAAACGCCGCUGGAAAAAGUGAAAAAACCAUCAAGCUCAAAGUCAUGGAGCCUCCUGAAUUUGUCGAGAAAGAUUACGAAGAAAACCAAAAGCUAAUUGUUGGCACUCCGCUAAUUCUUUCAUGCCUCGCUAAAGGAGAUCCAAAGCCUGAUACCAAAUGGUUUAUUAACGGCCAAGAAGCGCACGAGGAGAACAUUUUAGACGGCGAUCGCUUGCGUAUAGAAACUUUGAUGAAACAAUCGAAUCAAGUAUCAUGUGUUGUCACUAACAAGGCAGGAUCAAUUUCGAGAGACUUUUUCGUUCAAAGAGUCGAUGUACCCUAUAUUGGUCCGAUUAGUCCUCUUCCACCAAUUUACAAUGAAGGAGAAGCAAUUACGUUGGAUUGCCCAAUUGCAAACAAUGAAUUCAAUAUUACUUGGUUGAAACAUGGAAAACCAAUGAUAGAAAGCGAAGCAAUAUUCACAUUGGAUCGUACUCGCAUGACAAUUCUCAAUGCGAAGCCAGAGCAUCAAGAUGUUUAUACUUGUAUUGUCAAAAACGCCGCUGGUGAAGCAUCUCGAGACUUCAACGUUGAGGUGCAAGUUGCCCCAAGAAUCAUUGGAUUAGCUGUCGAAAAUAUUGAAACAAAGGAAGGUGAAGAUAUUACAUUGUAUUGUCCAGGAGAAGGAAAUCCAAAAGCCACUAUUCAUUGGGAAUUGAAUACGACUCGUAUUCCGGAACGAUUCAAACUUCUUGCGGAAAACGAAACUCUUGUGAUUGAAAAUAUUACUAAACAUGAAAACGGGGUUUACAAGUGUUUCCACUAUAACAAUCUUGGAGAAGCUGUGAAAACUUUCAACGUUGUUGUUCGCGUCAAACCUGAGUUUAUCGGAGGAGGUACACCAUCUGAAAAAUAUGUCGAUAUUGGUCGUUCGGUAUCUCUUGAAUGCCCGGUUGCUGACAUGUUUGGCGCUGAAAUAACCUGGACGGCUUCUGGCAAAAAGAUUGGAUCUGGAACAAUUGAAGGAGCGGAAGUCAUGUCGAACGGGCGAUUCUUAAGCAUACACAAAGCUGAUCUACAUCAUGAUGCCACGUAUAUCUGCACGGUGACGAAUCCUGUGGGAUCAGCAAGCAAAGUCGUAACCCUUCAUGUCAACGUUCCCUCAAAAAUUUUGACUGAUGGAGGAAAAUAUUCAGUUAUUGAAAACAACUCAUUAGUUCUUCCUUGCGUUGUUGAAGGAACACCAAGACCAAAAAUUUAUUGGCGAAAAGAGGAUAUGGAUGCCACGGAACUUCCAUCAGUUCAAAUUUUGUCGGAAGGACAGCAAUUCAAGAUUGUGCACGCCGAUAUCACUCACAGUGGAUCUUAUUCCUGCAAGGCACAGAAUGGAGUUGGAAAUGAUGCGAUCAACUUUGAAGUCGAUGUCAUUACUCGUCCGUCGUUGGCUAAAGGUGUCAAGGAUGUUGUGGAAGUCAUUGAAGGUCAAGUCGCCAACUUCAAAUGUCCCAUUGCUGAUAAGAAUUUCAGAGGAACCAUUACUUGGCUUUACAAUCAGCAACCAAUUGACUUAUUCGAAAGCAAGAAAUAUGCGUUGUCUCAUAACGAGCGCAGAAUGAGCCUACACAGGGCACAAACUGAAGAUGAAGGAUUAUAUAGUUGCAAGAUUAAGAACUCGGCCGGUGAAACGAAGUUUGACUACAAGUUGCAAGUAUUAAUCCCACCAACUAUCGUGAUGCUUGAUAAAGACAAGAAUAGAACUGUCAUUGAAAAAGAAACGGUGGUCUUAUCAUGCCCAGCAACUGGAAAACCAGAGCCAGAUAUCACUUGGUACAAAGAUGGAGAAGGACUUAACGAGGACAAUAUUAAGAAUGUCAUUGCAUCUGGAGUACUAGAAGGAAACGAGCUUAAAAUCGAGAGUGUUCAGGACCAAGAUUCCGGCCGAUACACUUGUGAAGCUGAAAAUGUUGCAGGAAGUACUGAGCAAGAAGUUAACUUAAACGUCUUGACUAUCCCACGCAUUAUUACUGAUGAUAUUCCUAGCUACAACGAAUUCCAACUCGGACAACAAGUAACUCUUUCGUGUCCCGUUUUGGCAAAACCACCAGCGAAUGUUACUUGGCUGAAAAAGGGAAAACCAUUAGAAAGCAACAAAUACGUGAAAACUAGUGCAAAUGGACAGAAGCUUUACUUCUUGAAGUUGGAUAUCCCGGAUGCUGACAAAUAUACAUGUGUUGCAACGAACACUGCAGGAGAAGACCGACGCGAUUUCGAAAUAUCUCUUCUGAUUGCUCCGACAUUCGAUGAGCCGAACAUUGUGCAUCGCGUGCAAGUCAAUCUUGGAAAGCCAACUACCAUAUUGUGCCCGGCGUAUGGAAGCCCAACCCCAACAAUCACUUGGCUCAAAGACGGAAUCUCAGUGAAGAAGAACAACAAGACAGCAUUCUUUGAAAACGGAAGAGUUUUAACGCUUGAAACGACUGACCCGAGUGAUGCCGGUCGGUACACGUGUAUUGCGACGAAUGUCGCCGGAUCGGAUGACUUGGAAACUACAUUGGAAGUUAUUGUUCCACCAGAAAUUAAGGGACCCGAACACUUGAAAUUGGUUGCCAUUGAAGGAGACCGAGUGGAUCUUCCUUGUGAUACACCUAACCUUGGUGUUGAAUUCGAAUGGCAGAAAAACGGUCAAUCCAUCUCUCCUGAAACAUUGCGCGGCGACGCGUUCCUUCAGAUCCCCUCGUCUGGAAAACGGAUGACGUUCCUGUCAGCAAGACAUAGUGAUUCUGGAAGAUACACCUGCAUCAUGCGAAACGCAGCUGGAGAAUCGCGCAAAACAUUCGAGCUUGAUGUCCAGGUCCCGCCUGAAAUUCUGGAAGACUUCUCAUCAGCUUCAAUGCAAACCGUCAACCCUGGAUCAACUAUAGAUAUCACCUGUAUCACUAAGGGAUAUCCUACACCGACGAUUGAUUGGUGGCUUAAUGACGACAUCAUUCCGCCAUUCGAGCAAAUAACGUAUAUCAAAAAUAAGGAGACACUCAGAAUAACGAAUAUAACCGACAAGUUUGCUGGAAAAUACUCGUGCUCUGCUAUUAAUGCAGCCGGAAGGACCAAAAAAGAUUUCGUUGUACAAGUGAAAUCGCCACCAAAACUUGACAAAGAAUCAGAGUUCAUUGAACUCAAGGUUGGACAAUCGACAGUAUUGGCUUGCAAUGUGGAAUCGAGCUCGCAAGCGCUUAUAUCAUGGAAGAUUCGUGACACAAUUUACCGAACUGGCGGAAGAGUGACACCGAGCGUUGAGAUUCGUGAUAAUGUUGUCGAAAUAAACAAUGUUAAAACUUCCGAUGAUACUGUGUACACAUGCAUUGCUGAAAAUGAUGCAGGCAAAGCGGAGAAAGACUAUUUCGUUAGCGUUAUCCAGUAUCCUAAAUUCUACGAUGUCACAACCGAAAUUGCAUUUGUCAUUGAUCAACCUCUGGUGUUAGACUGUCGCGUACAUGGCUCACCUACGCCGACAUCAUAUUGGAUGAAAGUGAGUCAUACUUAA